CGUUGACAUUAGUUCCACGUUCGUUGCAGCCUUUUCGCAACAGACGGCUUCCUCUUGUUCUUCGACUGCCUUUCUUCUCCCUUCUCUGUGCUACGCUGCGCGCUCUCUGUCUAUCAGUCUUUGGCUCUUGAGUUACUCGACGAGGAUCAUCGAUACGCGUCUGCGCCAGUAGUCGACCACCGUGGUACGCGAUUCAUCGACGUCCCUGGGGGGUAACUCCGACCACCUGAUCAUCGACGCGUCACGCUGCCAACCGGAGCCGAGAUCUUCGCUCCGAGAUAAAGAGGGUAGUCGAGGCAGAGAGAUCGAACGACGAGAUACGAGGAAAGAGAAACGAAAAGAUGGAGGCGACGUUGUACUAGCGUCAACAGGAACCGAUCUGUGGAACGUUUGACAGACCAGCAGUAGGCUGUCAGAGGGGGCUGUUCCGUGCGCCACGGAAGCCUCAAGUCGAUUCGAUCGGGCUUGCAAAUCGAAUCGGUGGUAUCGUUCGGCGAAAGCGACGGCCUCCACGAGGAAAGGGUGCUCGCGUUUGAUGAGUCUGUCACGGGCCAGCCUAGUUAUGUUCUCGAUCGAGUACAGCAAACAAUUCCUGAGCUACCGUAUACUCAAGUCGAACCGGUUCAAGUACAUCUGACGAUACGGACUCGGACUAAGUGUGAUAAAAGUGUGCGCGCUACGGCGAAAGUGUGUAUGUGAGCGUACUGUGCCGUGCUCGACUUGUCGUUGGCGACGGUGUUCAGGAAAAGGAAUCGAAAGCGCGACCAGGUUCGAAAGAGAGCCCACGAGGAUACGGCAAGACCUGGAAAGUCUUGUUCACGAUUUUCAUCGAUGCGCCGAUCGUUCUCUCGGUUCGUUACGAAUUGAGAUAAACGAGACGUCACCUUCGAAACUCGUUGAUAAGACGACAUUUUCGAAGGCGUUCGAGGUCGCGAUUCGAGGAAAGGACGAUUCCGAUCAACGGGUGGCACGAGUCGAUCACAGCCAGAUAGAUAUAGGCAGCCGAUGAAACAAAAUUACAUUCCUAAAACUUACGUAUUUCCUUUCCAUCCUACAAAUCCAUUCCAAAUUCUAUCAAAUUGUCUAUCAAAGUGAACGCGAUAGUUGUUCGAUUUUUCCGAUCCUUUCUCACCUAAGUUCUCGUUGAUCCAGACGACGUACACGGCGAACCGGUAUCAGGAAAAUUUGCACGUUUUUCGAUCAAAUUGGCGAGUUCCUCGACAUAACGAAAUUAAAGGCAACAGAUAAAUACAAGAAAGAAUAAACAUGAUCGUUUACGUUCCGGGUAGAAUGCCAAGCCACGUUGGUCCGUACGGCUCUGUUCGCUAUCCGGGCACGCUGCUAGGAGUGGUGCCGGGUUUUUACAGCCCGAUUUCCGGUUACUCGACCAGCCCAAACCCCAGCUACUACGAGAGCCUCAGCCUGCAACAACAAGCACCGCUGGACCUUCCGGUUUGGCCACGAAGCAUGCCGAUCGAGGAAGAACUCGCAACUUCCCCGUCGGCCGUGAUACCGGGUUUGGGAGUCUCGCCGGAUGGUUUGGCAAACGGUGGACCACCUAGUCCAGCUCACAGCGACUCGGACGCCUCCAAUUCCAGCUUGGAACUUGGCUCCAUUCGACGCGGCGAAAAUGCUCAACUAAAAUGCAGAUGGCAAAAUUGUGGUCGUUGGUUCACAUCCUUGGAACAGCUGGCAGGACACGUUGCGCGACUUCAUGCUGCGCCCGGACCACGUGGUCUUUUUUACUGUGGCUGGGAAGGGUGUGCCAGAGGUGAACGUGGAUUUAACGCCAGGUACAAGAUGCUGGUGCACGUUCGAACGCACACGAACGAGAAACCGCAUCACUGUUUCCAAUGCGACAAAAGCUUCAGCAGAGCGGAAAACCUAAAGAUUCACGCUCGUUCUCAUACCGGUGAACGCCCUUACGUCUGCCCCGUUGAAGGCUGCAACAAAGCUUACUCCAACUCCUCGGACAGGUUCAAGCACACCAGAACUCACGCCGUGGACAAGCCUUACUGCUGCAAGGUACCUGGCUGUCCCAAGAGGUACACCGAUCCUUCCUCCCUGCGUAAACACGUGAAAACCUACAGACACUACGUGAAUAAUAACGACAAGGUGCAAGAGAAAAGUUUCGAGGAAAACAAUUCACAGGAGAAGGCGAGAUUCGAUACCGUAACGCCGGAGAAGCAGAGCAGCAGUACCCAUUCCGAGUCGUCCGACAAGAAAGACAGCAGCAUCGAGAGCAGCGUAUCAGGGUCUAGUCCAAAGGCCAGCAAUAGCUUCGAGGAGCAAAGGAAUUUCGUCGAGUGGAAUAACAUGUACAACCUGCAAGAUCAACGCAAGGAACAGGAGCACAUCACGCCGAGAAAGACCUACGAACAAGAAGUGAAGAUCUAUCCGAGAAUUUAUGACGAGAGUUACAUAAUACCGGACAGAAUUCAGGUGAAUCCCAUGUACGUAUCCAACAACCCGAUCAUCAAGGAGAGCCCACCUCAAUCGGUUCAGUCGGUCUCGCCUCGGACCAGUCCGCACCAUGUCCCCGACACGUUGCCUCAUAUCGGAAUGCAGUCGACGCCCAUCAAAAUCGAGGAACCCAUCGAAUGCCCCAGUAAGGUCAGCACGGUCGAUUACAGGAACAUCGAGUCGAUUAUCAACAGCACGCCCUGCAAAAAGGAGAACGUUGUUAUUUGCGAUCCAGUGAGACAUUCUGUGAUAAAACGAGCGGAAGACCUGAAAAUGGAGGUCGAGCAAAUACCGACCAAGGAGGAUAUGUGCAAAGACACCACCGAUUGCUGUUGUCGUCACAAGUGUUGCGUGCACAGUAACGACAAUAUCUUGGAGAAAACGAAGAUCCUGUCGGAUUUAAUCCUCAAGACGCAGAAUCCUCUGUUCAGACACCUGUUGGGCACGGUGGAUCUGCAAUACGGAUUACAGAAUAUGUGGGGCAACAUUGUGGACACGAACAAUACAUGCGGACAAGACCUUCGAGUUAAGAACGAGAAUGUGGUAGAGAUGGAGCAGGAUCUUCCAUUGGAUUUGACAAUCAAUAAAUAAGGAGAAUUUUUCACAUCGUAUCGAAGUUAGCGUUGCAACGAGUAAAAUUAGAACGCUCGGAACUAUGUAGGUAUAUUUUUCUCGCAACGAAUCGAUGAAUUUUUUGAAAUUCUAGAGAAGCCUUAAACUACCGACCGUGGCCAGGGUUCGAACAUCUUCGAGGCCGUCCUGGAAUCGAGUGCCUCGAGUCUUAGGUCGUAACGUCUUAUUCGGUAUUUUCUAUAAAUCCAGGGCGACUUUGAACAUUGGAGAAUUUGAAUUUCUACUCGGGCCAUGGUUUUUACUUCCGUCAUUUUACGUCAAAUUAGUCUUUCGAGAUUAGCGAGGCUGCGUAAAACGUUUGAGGAUUAUUAGUUUUGCCUAGUUUAUUCGAUUCGAUGAUAACUAAAAACUAUAAAAGUUGAUUAAUACUAGAGGCAGAUAAAGGUUGAUAAAAUGUAUCGGUUUGAAGGAAGGUUUGUUGUUGGCGAAAAGAAAGUUGUCCGUUUUCGUUAGACUGUGAAGCCAAAUAUAUUGUAAUACGUUAAUGUCUGUCGAACGAUGAAGUUAGUCGAAGCAGAGAUAGUUUGAUAUCGAAUGAGAUUUGCUCAAUCUUAAUUCGUUAAUAACUCCUUUAGCAACGUAAUUAGAAGAGUCUCAGAUUUAGAUUUACGGGUAGUUCGAACGAUCGUCUAGAACGAAAUCAUCGUCGAUACCUGUAUAUACACACGUUAAACCAAAACCUAACAAACAAAAUAGAGUAAAGUAAAUGAGAACAUAAAACGUGUUUCAUAAAACCCCCAAGUAAUAUUACGGUCAAACGACCGCUGUAUCAUAAUGUGUCUGAAAAAAGUGAUCCGAUAUGUAAUGUUCAACAUCUAUGUAUAAUAUGUAUAUAAAGUUGUAUUAUGUAUAAGGUAUUCAAGAUGUUAGACGUAUGAAGGAAAGUACUGCAAUGAGAAAAGCGUGUUUAACGACAUUAAACUAUUCAAUAAAAACAUUAUUUAUGUAAAAAA